UUCUGGGAGAGAAAAAUGGCAGUGUCCGUGGUGCUGCCUAGCCUGGGCAGGCUGUUUGAGAUGCCCGCUACGUUGGUGCACGUGAGCCGAGCUUACAGCAAGCCCCAGGCCUUCACGGAGGUUCUACAGCUGCCAAAACGGCAGCUGACGAAGUUUGUGUUCCCAUUACAGGAACUCCAGCGGCACCUCCUCUCCGACUCCACGUCUGACCUUCACCUGAAGACCUUCGACCCGAGCCUGGAACAAAUCGCGAAGGCAGAUAAAUUCUUCACCGCCACAGCCGGGAACCGCAUCGAGUACCUCAGUUCCGCUGUGCGUCUGGACCACGCCCCAGACCUUCCCCGCCCUGAGGUGUGUUUCAUAGGCAGAAGCAAUGUUGGAAAAUCCUCUCUAAUAAAGGCUUUAUUUUCACUGGCUCCAGAGGUUGAAGUCAGGAUCUCCAAAAAACCGGGUCACACAAAGAAAAUGAAUUUUUUUAAAGUUGGAAAAUAUUUCACGUUGGUGGACAUGCCAGGUUAUGGCUAUAGAGCACCCGAGGAUUUUGUCGAUAUGGUAGAGCCCUAUCUAAAGGAACGAAAGAAUUUGAUGAGAACAUUUUUGUUAGUGGAUAGUGUUGUCGGAAUUCAAAAAGCAGACAGUAUUGCCAUAGAAAUGUGUGAAGAGCUUGCGUUACCUUAUGUGAUGGUAUUGACAAAAAUUGACAAAUCUUCCAUGGGCCAUCUUCUAAAGCAAGUGCUUCAGAUCCAGAAAUUCGUGAACACUAGCACACAAGGGUGUUUUCCUCAGUUGUUUCCUGUAAGGUGCACAGCACAGUGGUGAGAGGAUCACACAGCUCACAAAGCACCCAUCCCCCUGGUGCUUCCAGCACCCACCCCGCACCGCACACAGUUACCACACCGCUGUGAACGACGCCCUUUACACUGCACUUUACAUCCUGCGACUGUUCUGUGCGGGUCAGUCUGCAUCUAACAGCCCCUUCGCCUUUCCACCCAGGCUCCCACCCCCCUCCCCUUGGCAGCCAGAUAAAUGAUAUUUUUAAAUGUUAAAAUGAUAGCUAAUAUCUAAAUUACAAACAAACCCCUCUUUCAGCAAAGAUCAUUGCUGACAAUCAGUGCACCCCUUUUUGUCUCACUGAAUAAUCUUCCUGUUCAUCCAACACUGCAAGCCAUUCUCUUCGCUGCUGAUUGAAUGACUUCUAAAAUGAAAAUGAUGACCAUGUUACUGCUUUGCCGUCGGUGGCUUAUUACUUUCACAAUCAAGCCACUGGCUUAUUAAGUCAGUGGCUUAUUACUUUCACACGGCAUACAGCUCAGGUCCAAGACUGCUGACUGUUCAAUACAUCCGUAUUCUCCUCUUAACCCUGGUGCACAGGUAGGCCACUCUUUCCAGCCUCCCUUUGUUGGGAACCUUACACCUGGCUUCUAGCUAAAAACAUUACUCUGAGCCGUGCAGCCGCUGGGGUGCUAGCCCACGAUUCCUGCCAGGUUCCCCUCCUGCGGGAGCAGCAUAACCCUCGAAGGUAUGCUUCACAGCCAAGUAGCUGUGAUAGACACCGCUGGGUGCAAGGCAAAGCACUGCAAGGAGAGGCCUGUACAUACGGCCACUUCGAGUCUCCUGAGAGGUAAGCUGACUUGCAAAGAGGUUGGUACCCAACUCCUCUCCUCCCAAAAGGUACCCUAAAGCUCAGAAUGAGCCCAGGAGGAGUCAGGCCUCUGCCUCCCCCAGCCGGUUAAAGUCUACCCUACCUACAU